UCUCGUUUGAGGAGACAGGAUGUCGGCUUGAAAAGCCACCUGGAUCAGCUAGACCAGCGAAUAAGUGAGCUGAGAUUGGACGUCAGUAAAACCUCCAGUGAAUACUUGGAUAGUGACAGCCGGCCCAGCUCAGGCUUCUAUGACCUGAGCGAUGGUGGUUCUUGCUCACUCUCAAAUUCUUGUACCUCUGUGUACAGUGAGUCCAUGUCCUCCUCCCACACCAGUCUCUUGCCCGGCUCUCAACACCCUAAAGCAAGGCUCAGUGUGUUUGACUACCGACCCAAGUCUGCAGAUGAAACUACUGUGCACACCACCAGCUUCCAACAGCAGGGAACCCAUGUCAGCGAUGGAUGUCCGAUUACAGCUAGCACAGACACUGCAGGGACUCCCUCCAGGUCUCGACCCAGACCGGUGUCCACAGGUGACUUGGAAAGACUCAUUCCAGCAGACACUAGAUUUCAGAAAGAGACAGAUCCCAAAUCCAUGUGCCGUGCUGGAGACAUGCACUUGCUCAGCCUGGACCCCAAAUUCCAGAACGACCUUGUCUCCAAGAAUGGCAUUGAUGUGUAUCCUUAUCCAAGCCCUCUUCAUGCUGUGGCUUUACAGAGUCCCCUUUUCUCCCUGAUGGGGACAUCCCCAGAAUCAGACCUCCAGGUUCCUCCCAGCAAACCCAGUGCAACAGGUCCCAGCUUGAUUAGGACUAGGCCAACCACUGAGACCAAGCCAGGUGGUUACAUCAAUAAAUUACUGCAGCUGACGAGAUGCAAAGGGAACAAUCGGGCUGAUGCCAGUGAGUGGGUUUCAACAAAGAGCCAGCCAGUCACAAUGCACCAGAGACUCAUUAUAACCCCCAGCGCUGGCGGAGUGAAAAUUAACAGCAGCGGUAGCCAGCUGGAAAAACAAGCAAAUUCUCUGGAAAGCAACAAAGCUGAAGGGAAACUGCAGAGAGAGGUGCCGGAGCGGGAAUGUGCCAAGCAGCAGGAGACUCUUCGCUGUGUGAAUGAAGAGCCAUCCACUCAGGCUGACGCAGAGCCAUCAGCUGUGAAUAGUUGUUAUCCUGCCAAGUCGGCAGCAAGGGGUUCUCCUCUGGCAGAAGCAACGGAGAGCAGCGUGGAGCGCAGUUCAUCCUGCUCGCCGCUGUGCCAGGAGGACUCCAGCCCGGUCUCCUGGAAUGCUAAAGCCAUCGCACCCAGAAAGCUGCCCCUCAAACGGUGUGGCAAUGCCAAAUCGUCUAAUGCUGUGGGUCACGAGCGAGGGGCACGGGGUGAGUUCGUUCACGCUCAGUUCGUCCCUGCAGAAUCCCACCAAGUCCGGGUCAAGUUUGCCAGCUCCAAAACAAAGGCCGUGAAGAUAAAGAGGAGGAACAGUGAAAAGGUGCUAAGGCCUGGGAAGCAAGCCUUUUGCAUGGAGAAGGUAAGAGGGUCCCAUGGGGCUGCCAGGCUGCCUGCUGAGUGGAAUCAGCCCCAAAGACCACAUGGAGCAAAGAGCCUAGUGCGGAGACCUUCCUAUUCCGGUGACGUGACCGGCAGGUCGUGCUCAGAGUCUAGCCUGUUUCCUGCGCAGGUCAGGCUCCCCACCGUGCCAUCCGGGCCAGAGCCCUGCAGAGCCUCUGCCAAUGAACUGUAUUCCCUCGAAGCGGCUUGCGUAGACACAGCCAACAAGAAGAAGCAGCGGAAGUGGCAGUCCACAGUGGAGAUCUCUGCCAAGGCCCACCUGGCCAGCCUCUCCAGUAGCUUUGGCCUGGGAGCGCCGAGGCAGCCAGCAAGGAGAGUGGGUGUCCUGCGCACUGUCAGUAUGAGGGCUCGCUCCAAGAGCCAGCGCCACGGAGCUUAUGCCAAAAGCGAGUCAGACCACUCUGAGUACUCUGCGGAGUGUGCUUCCCUCUUCCACUCCACUAUCGCAGAGACCAGCGAAGGGGAGGUCAGCGAUUUCACGACUAACCGUUUCGGGGACAGUGAGUCUAGUGAAAGCGAUUCGGAUGGCAGCAGUGACAGUAGCAGCCUUGCCUUUGACUAUGAUGAGGGGGAUGAAAGUGAGCUGAUUUGGCCUGAAGGUUCUGUCAGACAAUCCGGAGCUGUCCAAGCUUCUUCCAAACCUCUUCCCCCAGUGCCCAAAAUCUGUCGCAUCAAAGCUUCAAAGGCACUAAAGAAGAAGAUUAGGAGAUUCCAACCUGCCUCUCUGAAGGUCAUGACCAUGGUUUAA